AUGCAGUGCUGCCAAGAUACCCUGUUACCCUCAGCGCAUGGCCACCGCUGCUUCUCUAGGCUAAAUGUGGCUGUACAGCUUCCUCCAAACCUCAGGGGAGCGCUCACCGUGGGCCUUGUGCGACAAUGUCAAACUAUCCAUGGACGAGACAGGACAUGUAUCCCUCCCCGACUCCCCCCAGAGUGGGUCACCACACUGUUUUUUAUCAUCAUGGGAAUCAUAUCAUUGACUGUCACAUGUGGUUUGCUAGUGGCUUCCCACUGGCGAAGAGAAGCUACAAAAUAUGCUCGAUGGAUAGCAUUCACUGGAAUGAUCCUUUUCUGUAUGGCUGCCCUAAUAUUUCCGAUAGGAUUUUACAUCAAUGAAGUCGGAGGUCAACCUUAUAAAUUACCCAACAACACAGUGGUUGGGUCAUCAUAUGUACUUUUUGUCUUAUCAAUUUUCUUUACAAUAGUAGGACUUCUGUUUGCUGGCAAAGUUUGUUUACCAGGCUGAUGAAUGUCUAAACUGCUUGACUCUUAUUAUUUUUUUAUUUUAUUCUAUUUUAUUUUUUAAUUUUGAGAGACAGGAGGACAAAGACAAGGCAUCUGAGCAUUCCUGUCCUGGGAAGAUGCUUAGGUGAAACCAAUGCCGAAAAAUGCUUCUGAUGUGUUCUCACUAUGCACUUUGGAUUAAAAAAUAAUAAUAAGGAGAGCCUUUUCCAUAACCAAAUACAGACAAUAUUGACUAAAUCUCCUGAGUAUAUUCAGGCAGUCAAUCUGCACUGUGAUAGUGACCUAGAGAAGGAGAAUGCUUUAUACUGAAAAGCAUGUGGCCCUUUGGGACUCCAUUGUUCCGUUUUUAAUGUCUAAUGAUUCAUUUGUGGAAAAAAAGUCUAAGUAUUUAUGAAUCAUGGUGAACCAGAGGGAUGCAAGGAAGCGUGGGGCUGGCCUCACAUCCUAAGAAGUUAGUGUUCACAGCUUCCCUGUAAUGGUGGGGGCCCUUGGCACCAGAAGGGGUUGCUGAUGCAUUACUGUACCAAGAAGCCAAUAGAUCAAACCCUGUUCGUAAAAUGUAUGUAAAAAUUCUGAAAUUCCCUAAUCUCUGUGUACAAAGAGAGAGAAAGAAAGAAAGACAGACAGACAGAAAGAGAAAAGAAUAC